UGGCUGUGCUGUACAUAAGCUAUAAGGUUAUUUCUGCCACUCUUUUAACAACUGAAAUCAUGCUGGUAAACCAAAGGGUGGCAUUGAUAGUGCUGAGUCUACUGAUCAGAUUGGGGCACCCAAGGCCUGUACUGACUCUGCAUCCUAACUCGCCUCUGAUAUUCACUGGAGAGACUGUCAGACUCAGGUGUUUUGGACAGAAAGGCAUAAGGAGUGGAUUCACAUGGUAUAAAACUAAACCACACACUUGGACCCAAGUUUACAAAACUUCAAAAUGGACUGACGACACAUACACUAUCUCAUCUGUUACUGAAGCCCACAAUGGUUCAUACAAGUGCACUGAUUACUAUUUCUACAGUGAUGAUGUCAAACUGUCUGUGUCAGAGAAACCUCGGCCUGUCCUGACCGUCUCUCCACUCAAGCAGAUAUAUGCAGGCGAAACUGUCAGACUCUUUUGUGAGGUUACAGUGACAUCUGUUGGCUGGGAAUAUUACUGGCACAAGACGAUACAGAAAGGAACUGGAUCAUAUGAUAUUGCCCUUAUUGCCAGUACAGCUAAAAGUAUGCACACUGCUGCUCUUGCACACACAGCAGAGUACUGUUGUAGAGCUGGGAGAGGAAACCCAGUCUGGUACACAGAGUACAGUUACCCAGUCCACAUACAGGUAUCAGCACUACCUAAGGCUACUCUGACUAUAGAGCCAAAAUUGCGCCCACUGUAUACUGGAGAGACUGUCACCCUGAAGUGUGUGGUGGACUCCUACAGCAACUGGACAUAUUUCUGGUACAAAGAGCAGCCCCAGACAGCCAUAUCCUUCACUAAGGAGUACAAUGUAACCAUCUCUGGUGCUGCUGGGUCUGAGCAGGGGCAGUACUGGUGUGAGGGAAGGCUGGAGGGGAGGAAUGUGACAUCACAGCGAAGUGACUCCAUCACUCUGACUGCAGUCUCAGACAGACUGGUGUUUGGUCUGGGCUCUGCCCCUCUCCUGUUAGCCUCCAUUAUUCUGUGCGUGAAAUGGUGCCGGAGAUCAGGGUCAUCUAAUGAAGCAGCUGUCAAAUACACUGAAGAGAAUGUGGAACCUGCGAUGUAAAUACUCCGCACAGAAGCUGGAUUAGUGUGCUUACAUGGAACGAAGAACGUUUGAGAGCUCAGGAUUAUUUUUUAUUGUGAUGUUUAUCAGCUUGCAUGAGGGGUUGCAGCAUUUUUCUCACUGACAGUUUAGUGGACGACCUGGACCCA